AUGUUUUUGCUGCGCAGGUUACUCGCCCCUUUAUGCGUAAUAAUCGUAAGUGUGAGGCACCAGCACGCGAGGGUCUGCUCGAAGAAGUUUGCAGCGAUCAGAUUUGCGGGGAACAGAUUCGCGGCGAACGUGCUGAGCAGCGGCGCACGUGUAGCAGAGCCACCCCGGGGGAGGACGGCUCUGAAGAGGGACACGACAAGGAAAAAUGGCCCCCUCAACAGCGACAAGAAGGAAAAUGCGACAUCACAACAUGGCUACUACUUCGCUAAGGAGAAAAACAAAAUAGCAAAAAAAAAAAAAAAAAAAUUCUCCCUGAAUUAUUCUAGAAACUCUGAAGCAGCAGCAAGGGGGACAAGAAGAAAAACGCACUACCCCCACCUUUUUAUAUCCCCCUCGUCCACAUCAUUAAACGAGAUUACUGAAAGUGUGAAGGCUCUCUUCAACUUAGAUUACAUAGAAAAUAGCUACCUCUAUUCUUACAUCAAAUCGUUUAAAAGGACCCCCCCCUUAACCAAACUUUACCUCCUAUGCACCUUCCUCCUGAGCAUAUGCAUGCAUGCAAAUAAAAAUAUAUACAAAUUGAUUGUCUUCGAUUUUGGCAAAGUAUUCUACCAGGGUCAAGUGUGGAGACUAAUUACUCCCUAUUUUUAUAUAGGUAAUUUAUACCUGCAAUAUUUUCUCAUGUUUAAUUAUCUACACAUCUACAUGUCUUCCGUCGAAAUUGCACACUACAAGAAUCCAGAGGAUUUGCUAACAUUCCUCACAUUUGGCUACCUGUCUAAUCUUCUUUUUACGAUAAUCGGAAGUAUGUACAAUGAGAACGUAUUGAACUUUCAACGGUAUGUGAAUAAACUUAGGAGAGUUAUUUUACUAGGCGGGAAGAAGAGUACUUCUACAAAGGCGGACACAGAUGUGCGUAUAACAAAAGAGCAGUACAAUCACCUCGGUUAUGUUUUCUCCACGUAUAUACUCUACUACUGGAGUCGGAUCAACGAAGGUACCCUCAUUAAUUGCUUCGAGCUGUUCCUCAUCAAAGCUGAGUAUGUCCCUUUUUUUUUUAUCGUACAGAAUGUUUUGCUAUACAAUGAAUUUUCUCUCUUCGAAGUUGCCUCCAUUUUGGCUAGCUACUUUUUCUUCACCUAUGAGAAGAACUUGCAGUUGAAUUUCGUUCGGCGCUUCAACCUCGCCCUGCUCAAGGCCCUGCGCCUCUACCCCAUGUACGAGGCCUACAGGGAGGAGUACGAGUAG